AUGGAUCUUUAUGUAUCUAGAUGUUAUCGGAAUGGGGUGGGUUGUAGGAGGGGGGGGGGGUGGGGGGGGGGGGUAAAAUGGUGGGGGGGGGGGGGUGAAAAUAUAGAUGUUUUUAGGGGGGGGGGGGGGGGUUUUAGGAGGGGGGGGGGGGGGGGGGGGGGGGGGGGGGUGGGGUGGGACCAAGGAAAUGAUGAGGUGAUGAUGAGAACCGAGCAGGCCUAUGAUAACGGGGGGGGAAAACAUAACGACACAAAAAUGACGGAAUCGGCCUAA